UUUUCACCCAGUGGCAACCCUGCUCACCCUGCUGAAGAGUGCAGAGGAUGCUUCGUUCGUUCGGUUAGUUCUAACCUAUAGGAUGCCGACAACAGCAACCGAAAGCUGGAUCAAAUGUAAAUCGCGAUAGUAAUACACCUCGUUUCAUUUAACAAAUGUGUUGUCGCUUAACUAAUACCCGGAAGGACAUAAAAUCCUAGAUCUCCGAAGUCUACGCGACGAGGCGCAGUGGGUGUGUAAAAAUAAAAACCGGAAUCAAAGAUGAAUGAUAUCGUCGAUGUUCGGAAUGUUGGGAACGUAUGCAGGUUGUGUCUCUCGUCGAAGAAGCCAAAAUCAUCGGUCUUCGCUGAUCAAGCUAUCGCGGCUGUUUCACUCGCGUCGAAAAUUCAAACCUGCCUUUCAAUAGAGAUUCUGACAAGCGAUAAACUAUCGACGUCUAUAUGUUCCGACUGUCUGAGAAGAGUGAAUAAAUGGCAUUCUUACAAGGAGUAUUGUCUCAGAUCUCAGCAGAAAUUGAAGCAGUGUUUAGUCCAAUUGGCCGAGGGUGCUGGAAAUAUAAAAGUGGAACCGCCGGAUGUCGACGAAGCGAUGGAGGUGGGGGAAACAGUACCCCUGAGUUCGGACGAAGAAACUGAAGACGUGAACGACGUGUCAGACGGGUUAGAUAAUAAUGAGACCCCCAGAAGAGCAACAUCGAUAAAAAGAGAAUUGAUAGAAGGAGAUGAGAAUCGAACAGUUGCUGGAGAAUUUGCACGUAGCUCAGAAUUGUUGUUGAAUCCAAUGGCAGUAGCCAGUCACAGGGAAGAAAGAUCAUCAGAUGCGGAUUCGACUGAGAAAACGAAUUCAUUGGGUCUGGAAUCGAAGAAGGGGAUGAAAAGAAAAGUUCGCCGAGGUCCAUUGACGCAUUAUCGUGGUUUGCGUCGUUACAAGCAGAGAUGUGCGCACUGCCAAAUAUAUUUGCACUCGAAAUACAGUUACUCAAAGCACAUGGAACGUUUCCACAGUGGAAAAGAGAUAGUUUCGAAGGGUUUACGUGUAAGAAAAUUGAUAAAAAGGCAAGGAGAAGAAAGUUCGUUGGCUGAGCAGAAUUCAAUAAUUGAGGAAGAAGAAGGGAUGGAAACGGAAAUGGAAGUGGAGGAUGUGGAAGACGAAUUGAUAAGCCUGGAAAAGGACGCACCGUUGACUCCGGUUCAGCAGAACAUAAUAAGCCAAUUGAAGACAUUUUCGUGUUACACUUGCGGAGUUUCUUUCGGCGAUCGUCGGAGCACGUUGAAUCACAUACGCCAGCAUAUGCCAGAUUUGAGACCGUACACUUGCAUAGCUUGUUUGACAGAGUUUGCCGAUCGUUCAGUUUACAAACUCCACUGCGGAGCAUCUUUUCAAUGCGCGAUGAAAAUAGCACUGGUAGUUCCCGAGCACGGUACGGAAAAAUAUUUCACUUGUAACAUGUGCCUCAGGUCAUUGGUGAACAGGAAAGAACUUCUGAGUCAUUUAUCGCGACAUUCGGAUCGGCAAUACGAACAAAUGAUGGGUGGACCUUUUCGUCCCCCACCACGACUCGAACCAGUGUCCAGUGUGACAACUCCCCAGUUCGUUUCCGCGCCUUCGAACUCGAAAAAUCCAAAACGUAAGGACGCAGCGAUGAAAGGCGAUCGUAAAUUGCCUGCGCCCUACAACCACGGGGAUCCCGCCCACAAUCAUCCGUGCACGUAUUGCGGUAUGAUUUACAAACACAAGCAAAAUCUGUCACGUCACAUAAUACUGUGCAAAAAUUUGCCUGCCGAGUGUCGGGUGUGCUACAGAUGCAUCAAUUGCGGCCUCACUUUUCUCGCAUUCAACAAAUUUCAAAACCACGUAUCACAAGCGCACCACAAAAAAAACCACAUCGUGUGUUAUCGCUGCGACGCUAAGGUCAAGCCGAGCGAUUUUGUGUCACAUUACCGAGAACACUAUGGCAACGGCGAUGACCAAUGGACCGAAGUGCCACCAGAUCAUGUUCGCGACGAGCUUGUGGUAGUUUCACCUCCAAGAUACAGCAAGGCAAACGAAAGGAGUAAUCCACGUUUAUCGAUAAAAUCGGAUCCGGGUGGAAACUUCGAGUGCGACUCGUGCGGCAAAGUAUUCGCGAGUGUUCCGAACUUGAAGCGUCACGUGCGAGCGGUCCACGAGUUGCAUGGUCGUUUCAAUUGUUUCACAUGCGCGAAAACAUUCGCUCAUGAGGAAGAAUGGACGGAGCACGUGGAGUUGGAGCAUAAGCGAGCUGCCGAGAGGGUUGAAAAUUGUCCGGAAUGUUCAUCGGUGUUCGAGAGUCCGCAAGAGCUCAUACUUCAUCGUCGCGACGUUCACGGUCUCGAGGGUGAGGAUCAUCUCGCUUGUUAUAUAUGCGGCAAGACUUUCGCAAGUGAGACGUCUCUGAAAAUUCAUCGCGGUCAUCAUUUCCGGGUUAAUUCGAGAUUGAGUAUAGGAAACGACGGAGCGCGAGAGGGAGAAAAAACUUUAGCCACAGUGGGAACGACUACGACGACGAUAAUCGGAGGUAAAAAUGUGAGCCCCGUUCGCAAUAGCGAUCAGGCUCGAUCUGUCACUUCGCCGAGAGCGAGAAAAUCAUUUCCGAAUGGAAGUCCGCUUGUCGGCCGAGUGGAACGCGGAGCCCUGCAAUGUCAGGUAUGCGAUGAUCGUUUCAACGACGUGACAGAUCUUCGAAACCAUCUGUGGGAAGUUCAUUGUGCACGGAGCAAGCCUGAGAAACAAUUUAUCAGGGACAAAUUACAGUGCGAGUUAUGCACCAACGUUUUACCGGACGAAGAAAGUCUGGCAAGCCACAUAAAGUGGCACGAGAAUAAUCCCAUACUGAGUAACGGUGGGACAGCGAAACGCGAGCAGGCGCCUGCGCAGUGCGAUUUGUGCGGCAAAUUUUACAGUUCUAUCGCUAAUCUUCGUAAGCACAAAAAGCGUCACAAGGCAGCGCCAUCUGUAGGGGGGGGCGUUAGUCGUGGGAGGAAACGUUGGUCUUUCGGCGAAGGAUUUACUUGUGAGGUAUGUCGCAAGAUAUUUGCCAGCAGAUCGAUCAUGGAUAAGCACAAAUUGGUGGCACAUCCGACGAGCAAAAAGGGCGGCAGUUCAUCGAAAACGUCAACGAGCGAUCGCAGAGCUUCGAAUCCUGUGGAUCAUUAUGUCAAACCGACCACCCUCGUGUCACCGCCCAAACGGAAUUCCAAUGUCUUUCCGGAAGAUCGCAAACAAUCGAUCGUUUGUAAUCUUUGCGGUAAAACAAUGGCGGACAUCAGAGUGUUGGUGAAGCAUCGACAGGUAGUGCACAAAAUAACGAACGAUACGGAUUUCGGUUUGGAUCCUAAUCAUCUGAGCAGCCCUCAGGUGGCGUGUACAUCUUGUCCAAAAAAGUUCACGAACCUAUCGAACAUGAGACAGCAUUAUACGAAAGUCCACGGGGCGAGCGCUGCCAAUCGAGCAACGCGUUUUUCUUGCUCCUUGGACGGUUGCAACUUCACUUUCGAGACUCUAGCAGCGAAGCGAAAUCAUGAAAAAAGUCACGCGAAUGUUGUGUACACUUGCGGUUUGUGUCCCCGUCAAUCUCUGAGUCCUUCGUUAAUGGCCGCCCACAUGUUGACUGCUCACCGUGCUAAUCGUGCCUCGAGCAACGACAAAAUGACUCUUUGCAAAAAAAUUCAUAUCGACAAAUACGAGGUUCGCGGUGCGAACGGAAGAAAGUGUCCGAUUUGCGAAAUAACUUACCCCAAUUACAAAGCUCUCAAAAUACAUUAUUUGAAGAUACACGAGGACGAAGCUUAGACGAACGUUAUCCAGUCGAAAUAUUCCGCGGGAAAAACAAUUAAGCACGACCAUUGGGAGACAAAAGAGAGAAAUAAACAGGAGAGAUGGACUUUCUGGCAUUCCUUUUUUAAAAAUUCAAAGACUGCGUCGUUCUAUCCGAUUGUAAUUCAUUUUCAACAUUCUCUCUCUCUCUCCCCCGAAGAAAACGUUUUCGUUUCGCACGUAAAUCGCAUCGCACGGAAAAAUAACUUGUAUUUUUAUACGAAGAAGACGAGACGAAAAGGAAGUAAAUUUACCAUUACUUUUUUUCGUUUAUUCGCUCAUCAUGUUCGACCGGAACUGCCUUAAGCGCGUCUGCUGCGUGUUCCGCAUUGACUGUAACUUUUACGUUAUACGACUAUAUAGUUGUGAAAAAAUUGAGGUUAAUCCAAUAGCGUUUUGCAGAAGAAACAAAAAUCAAGCAAUAAACACAAGCGUAUAAAAGAGA